AGAGAGAAAGAGAGACAGAGAGAGAGAGAAAUAGGUCUAACACAAGGUUAGAGAGAGAGAGAGAGAGAGAGAUAAAGUUAUAUCUUUAACAUUAUAGUGAACUUACAGCGACAUCAUGACGCAGUGUGACCGGAAGUUACAGAUCUCCACCAGAGCGAAGUUGAGCAGGUUCAACUCUCUGAGGGGUCGAGAGGUGCAGGGCGCCGGGUACUGGGACGUGGUGGUUCUCACCGCGGUGGAUGAGAGUCAGAGAGCCGCGUACGAGCUGCAGGUUCGGGGCAAACUUCACAGAGGAGAGCUUCCUCUGGGGAUCCACUACAAGGUGUUCUCUGAUCCUCCUGGACACAAAGUAGGGAAUGGGGGCUCCACUCUUUACGCUCUGCAGCAGCUGGACGACCUCUAUGGAAAAGCCCUGAGCAGAAUGAGAGUCAUCCUGAUUCAUGCAGGGGGGUUCAGUCAACGUUUGCCUAAUGCCAGCGCCCUGGGUAAGAUCUUCACGGCCGUGCCGCUGGGUGACCCUCUCUACCAGAUGCUGGAGCUGAAACUGGCCAUGUACGUGGAUUUCCCAUCUCACAUGAGGCCUGGCGUUCUGGUGACCUGCGCCGAUGACAUAGAGCUCUACAGCAUCCCAGAGGAUGAACACGUGAGGUUUGAUAGGCCUGGUUUUACGGCUUUGGCCCAUCCCUCCUCACUAUCUAUUGGAACCACCCACGGCGUUUUUGUGUUGGAUUCAUGUGAAAAGUCGACUCACUUGGAAAUGGAGAACAGUGCCUGUUUGCGCUUCCUGCACAAACCAAGCAUCAAGAAAAUGCAAGACUGUGGUGCUGUUUGUAAGAGGCAGAGCGGUUGUUCCGAUGAGUUUGUUUACACAGACAGCACCUAUUAUGUCGACUUUGAAACGACAAAGACUCUUCGUAACCUGCUGAGAGAUUUGGAGCCUUUGCAGUGUGAGAUAGACGCAUACGGGGACUUUCUUCAAGCUCUGGGACCCAAAGCUACAAUCGAGUACACCAGCAACACCGCUAAUGUCACUAAAGAGGAGAAAGGCCUUGUCGAAAUCCGACAAAAGAUCUUCCACCUCCUACAUGGGACUCCCUUGAAUGUCAUCCUCCUCAAUAACUCCAAGUUUUAUCACAUUGGCACCACGUCCGAAUACCUGUUUCACCUCACGGAGGACGUGGCACUGAGGAGGGAGCUGGGCCUCCUGUCUUCUGCCUUCAGCAUGCAUGUGAGUGAAAGCUCUGACUGCUGUGUUAUGUACAGCGUCCUCGAUCCUAGCUGCUCUGUGGGAGCUGGAUCGGUGGUUGAGUACUCCCGGCUGGGAGCGGGAGCAUCAGUAGGUAAGGGCUCCAUCCUCAGCAGCUGCUGGGUAAGUCCGGGCCUCUCAGUGCCUGAUUUAGUCUUCAUGCAUUCACUGUGUGUGAACCACCGGGACCGCACCGGGUUUGUAACCGUCGCCUUCGGGAUUACCGACAACCUGAAGCACAGCGUGGAGGGCCCUGCUUUCUUGGACAAGCUGAAGCUAUUUGGGUUUAACUUGGCUGAGUGUCUCUGCAGCUGGGGGCUGGAGAGCGAGGUGCUGAGGUUCUCCGGUGACUCAUCCAGCUGCAGUUUGUGGAACGCUUGUCUGUUUCCUGUUUGCUCAGAUCAACAAAGCUCGUUCUCAUCAUCUUUGGAAAUGCUGCGGGCCGUUCUGAGUGGCUCCACAAUAACCCUACCUAAAGACGCAGAGCUGCUUUCCAUGCACGAGUGUUUACGAAGUAAGAACCUGGAGGAGAUGUUGGAGUUCAGGACGGGCCUGUAUAAUGACAUUACACAGAGAAGACUGAAGAGUUAAACCUGCCACGUUUUACUGAUUACUUCAUAAAACAUUGACUUUAUAUCAAGAUAGACAACAUGACACCUCCUCAAAAGGGAAGCCAAAUCCUCUUGAUCACCCCCUCUGGUGGCCAACUGUACUACAUGUCAUAAACACUGCCUUAUCCAUGUUAGUGGAUGGAAUAUGGGCCAAAUUAAAAAGUCAAAACUAACAUUAGUUGGAUGAAAGUAUGUAUCACUGCUGUGCAGACACUGGCUCCAAAUGACAAUCAAAGUGCAAGAUGGCAGCACCUGUAUCCAGGAUAUUUUGGCUUCAUUUUUGUGCAACGAGAGACAGUCAAUGUGUUAAAGCCACAGUAUAACUUAUAUUGCUGCUAAGUGUAUCUCAAUCAGAAACAAUAAAGAGUAAAGAAAGAGAACAAAGUUUGGUGAAAUAGCGGGAUUCAUUGGUUUUGUCUUCACCACCUUUGCUCUCGUUGCUGUAAUCUUCUCCUAGUGAGGAUUCCCUCUGUGUUCAUUCAGGACGUGUUUUCCAGGAGCUGAAACAUCUGCAGAUGAUAGAUGACUAUCUCUGGUGACUUCUAUCUCUGGUGACUUCUAUAUCUGGUCACUAUCUCUGAAUAAAGUAUUUUCAUGUUUAAAAUCAGUGUAUCUUCAACACAGGACUCAGCUUGUUUCUCAAGAUAAUAUCUCGAGGUCCGAUGAAUAAAACCAUGUAUGUUAUGUUCAUCUGCUGAAUAUGAAGACUGGCACUGAAAAUAAACAUUGCUGUGUCAAGGUAUAAAAAAUGAAUAUUAAUGAUUUGCUUGGCUGACCCCAAAGUAUAUGUAGUUUUUUUGCUUUAUUCAACCUGUAAGCAUGUCAAUUUUUAAAAAACCUUUUGUGAGGUAUUAUUUUCAAGAUUAGGGACAAAAAUUAAAACAUUAACAUGACAAAUAUGACCUUCUGCAUUGUUUGAAUUUAUACUUGACCAAUUUCUGUAUCACAACUUCUGUCAAGU